AUGGCUAUAGAGACUCUUCCAACUCUAAACAACCUUGAGAACAACUGGACAUAUAGCAGUGGCGGUAGCGGUGGUGGUGGUGGAAGCGGUUCACUAUGGGGGGACUCGGUGGCCGUGAAGGCUCCAUACGAGCCAGCGAACAGUUCGGGCGCGGCUGAGCUCAGCACAGAACAUGAGACCUACCCGGAAGGUGGCCUGCAGGCAUGGCUCGUUGUGUUUGGCUGCUGGCUUGCCCUCAUCGCCUCUCUGGGUCUGCUUAACACGCUGGCCACCUUCCAGACGUACCUGACCACACACCAGCUGGCGCACUACAGCGACGGCACCGUUGGGUGGAUCUUUUCUCUUCACACGUUUGUUGUGUUCUUCUUUGGGCUGUACAUUGGUCCUCUAUUUGACAAGUACGGGCCAAAGUGGAUUGUCCUGGCUGGUAUGCUCUGCAUUGUCACUGGCAUGAUGCUGUUUAGUAUAUCCACCGAACUCUGGCACUUUAUCCUAUCCUUUGGUGUCCUUACAGGCCUGGGCUGCUCCCUCAUCUUCAUCCCCUCCUUUGCCGCGCCGGGCCACUACUUUAUGCGCCGGCGGGGGUUCGCAACAGGCUUUGCUGCAAUGGGCGGCUCCAUCGGCGGCAUCAUCUUCCCGCUCAUGCUCGAGUCCCUCUUCCCGCGCCUGGGCUGGGGCUGGUCGAUCCGCAUCGUCGGCUUCCUGUGUCUCUUCCUCUGCGCCAUCGCCAGCCUCCUCAUCCGGCGCCGCCUGCCCCCGGCCAAGAACGCCAGCCCGCACCCAGACUUCCGCAUCUUCAGGGACCGCGCCUUCUUGCUCACCACCGUCGGCGUCUUCCUGAUGGAGUUUGCCCUGUUCAUCCCCCUGACCUACAUCUCGAGCUACGCCCGCGCCGCCGGCUACAGCAGCUCCCUCUCCUUCCAGACCGUCCCGAUCCUCAACGCCGCCUCCGCCCUGGGCCGCGCCCUGCCGGGCUACUGGAGCGACAUCAUCGGCCCCUUCAACAUUGAGCUUCUCAUGAUGCUCCUCUCCAUAGUCGCCUGCUUCGCCAUCUGGCUUCCCGCCGGCUCCUACACCGCCGGCCUCGUCCUCUUCGCCGUGCUCUUCGGCUUUGCCUACGGCGCCUUUGUGAGCACCACGCCUGUGUGUGUGGGCCGCCUGUGCAAGACCCAGCAGUAUGGGCGGUACUAUGCCACCUGCUACACCGUUGUCAGCUUUGCCUGUCUGAUUGGGGUUCCUAUUGCGGGAAAUAUCUUGACGAGUGAUGGUGGCGCAUACUGGGGGGUGAUUGUCUUGACGGGGUGUUUGUUUGUGGGGGCCUUUGUGUGUUUGGGGGUUGCCAAGGGGUGUAGUGUGAACUGGAAACUGUUGGCUAUUUUUUGA